AUGGGCUCCGUGCUACCCGCCGACGCUUUGGCGCUCAAGUCUGGAUUUAAGUGUCCGAGCCACUCGCUAUCAGACGUGAUCACCUCGGACAUCCUGCACAGCUUCUUGUACGGCAGGUGGAGGAACGUGCUGGGAGAACACCUGGCGGAGGAGCGGCAGAGCGGCAGCAGCAGCAGCCCCAAGACCGCCUUCACUGCCGAGGUGCUGGCGCAGUCCUUCGCCGGAGAGGUGCAGAAGCUGUCCAGCCUGGUGCUGCCCUCUGAGGUGAUCAUCGCGCAGAGCUCCAUCCCCGGAGAAGGUCUGGGCAUCUUCUCAAAGACUUGGAUCAAAGCAGGGACUGAGAUGGGCCCUUUCACAGGGAGAGUCCUGUCCCCUGAGCACGUGGACCUGCUCAAAAAUAACAACCUCAUGUGGGAGGUGUUCAAUGAAGACGGCACGGUGCGCUACUUCAUCGAUGCCAGCCAGGAGGAUCAGCGCAGCUGGAUGACUUACAUAAAGUGCGCCCGGAAUGAGCAGGAGCAGAACCUGGAGGUGGUGCAGAUCGGCAGCAGCAUCUUCUACAAGGCGGUGGAGACUAUCCCACCAGAUCAGGAGCUUCUUGUCUGGUAUGGAAACACUCACAACACAUUCCUGGGAAUCCCUGGAGUUCCUGGAACAGAUGAAGAUCACAUCAAGAAAACCAGGAACGAUGACUCCCACCCCUGUGACGGCCCUUCCUCUUGCUCUCCGCCCUCCUCCACCACCACAGCAGGCCGCAUGCGCUGCGUCAUCUGCCACCGCGGCUUCAACUCCCGCAGCAACCUGCGCUCCCACAUGCGUAUCCACACCCUGGACAAGCCCUUCGUGUGCCGCUUCUGCAACCGUCGCUUCAGCCAGUCGUCCACGCUCCGGAACCACGUGCGGCUGCACACCGGCGAGCGGCCCUACAAGUGUCACGUGUGUCAGAGCGCUUACUCCCAGCUGGCGGGCCUGAGGGCGCACCAGAAGAGCGCGCGGCACAAACCGGUGGCGCACGCCGCAGAUGUGCAGUCCCAAGUGUCCCCCCCUCCACCACAGAUGACGGCCAUGCCACACCAGCACCAGAUGCCCCUGGUGCACCACAUCCCCACCAUGGUGCUAUGA